CUUACCCCGCCCCCUCCUCAGCUCCCGUCCCCUACUCCUCAAACUGCUGAUGUGGUACUAACUUCAGCCUCCACCUCUGCAAACAUGUUCAACUUCACAUCAAAACUUUUGCUGCUUUUUCUCCUGGCCUUCCCCUGCGGUCUGAUAUCAGUUGGCCACGUUUAUGCCGACUCAGACUCGGCCGAGGACAUUGUCGAGGACUCGGAUGCUGCAGUAGAUGAAGAGGAAGAUGAUGAAGAUGUCCUUGUUGAAGAGGAUCAGAUGCAAACCUCGGAAGGACACGAAGAUGACUCAGACGAAGCGGCGGACAAACUGUUAGCUUCUCACCCUGAUGCCGACACGACGAUCAUCUUCACCACGGGAGAAGAGUUUCCUGCCAAUGAAAUUGUGCGGUUCCUGGUGGGUUUCUCCAACAAGGGUAGUCAGGAGUUCACCGUUCAGUCAUUGGAGGCCUCCUUUCGUUAUCCCCAGGACUUCCAGUUCUUCAUCCAAAAUUUCACAGCUUUGCCCCUGAACACUGUCGUCAAACCACAAGCUCAGGCCUCCUUCGAGUACUCCUUCAUCCCAGCACAGCCAAUGGCCGGUCGCCCAUUUGGACUUGUAAUCCUGCUCAACUAUCAAGACACUGAGGGCAGCGUGUUCCAGACUGCCGUUUACAACCAGACUGUCACCAUCACUGAACGAGAAGAGGGACUGGAUGGAGAAACAAUGUUUAUGUACGUGUUCCUGGCGGGACUGGUGUCCCUGCUGCUCUUCGGGAUGUACCAGGUCCUGGACUCGAGGACGAAAAAGAGGCUUUCUGUGAAAAUAGAAAAGGGCACUGCUGGAAUAAAUGAUGUGGACAUCAGCUGGAUUCCUCAGGAGACUCUUAAUGUCAUGAACAAGGCUUCCCCUAAAGCAUCCCCCCGGAAACGAACCAAGAGGGCGGCUGGGACAGACCAAUAAACGUGCUGGCUUCCCUUUGUCGUUAUAAUCUUGAUCAAACUUUCAGAACACCUCGCAACAAUAACUCGGUUCAAAUUUACAAAGAAUGCGAAUGUCUGGAAUUCAGUUUUUGAAGCAGAUUUUUUUUUUAUGUUUGAGAAUCUGAGCUCGAUACGGUCUCAAGGUAUUACAUGCUGAGAAGAUCCUGUGCUCUCAUUGGACCGUGACCAUUUAAACACUAAGAAGACUGAACUGUGGCUCAUUUUAAAGGGACUUUUGUAUCUGUGUUUGUGUGUGUGUGUGUGAGAGAGAGAGAAAGAAAGAGAUGUAAUGGGAAAAAUAAGACAAUCGGUAAUUAAGAUUACAAGGGCUGGCUUGAACUGCCUUCUUGAAGAGGGUUGAAUUUGACUUUAUUGCCACUCCUUUUUUUUUUUUUUUUUUUUUUU